GUGAGGGGAAGGGGUCUCCUGUCUGAUCCUUUGUCAUAGGAAUACUUUACUCUGUACUGAGAGAGAAGGACUGCAGCUUCAGCAGCAACAGACGCGCUAGAAAAUAACCUCAACUAUGUGAGUGGGGCAGAAAUCAAAGUCAACAAAGCACGCAGGGCCCAGCUGAAUUCUGCAUCCUCAGCUUGAGUCAGAGAAAGGAGGUCAGUGUGAUGAACAGCAUGCUGCCUCAGAGGAGUGCUGUCGCCACCCUGGGCUACAGCUCAGACCGUGUGAAGAUCGAGCACAGCAACAGUGGCUCGGUGGGUGGGACGUUGCUGAGGGGCUCUCGUUCUAAGGCAGAGCUACAGGAUCUGAUGGAGACGCUGCAGCGUAGGAAGAGUGCUCUGGAGGCCAGCUUGAGGGCAGCUGAGUGCAGCCGCAAGUACCUCGGCGUGCCUUCACCUGUUGGAUCCCAGUCCACCAGAUCACUGUCAAUCCUCAGCAAUACUGAACGGCCUCCGUCUGCCUCCAGAACCUUUUCCUACAUGACCAGCAGCAGCAGCGUGCCUCCAUCACCUCGCCAAGGUGAACGCCAGCUGAGCCCUAACGGCUUGCUCCGUCAUUCCCACUCCCGCCACCAGUCACAGGACAGUCUGCUUCUCUCUUACGCAGCAGAUGGAAGCUCCCUGCUCUCCUCUUAUGGGCAGCCCCUACCUCGUUCUCCCAGGGUCAAAAGUGGAGCAGCCAGCGUGCCGUCCAGCCCUCGCAUGGGUCGCAGGCUCUACUCUCAGGGCAAAGCUAGUGGAGACUCCAGGCAGAGGAAAUACUCCACCGGCUCCCUCAACAGCCUGGGGAUGCAUAGCCGUUCUCUGCCACGGCUUCACAACGCAGCCGAGCCCCCUGCUCUAUCGCUACCGUUACGACACUCAGUGGGAUCCCACAGAGGCGUGGGCUCAGCAGGGCAGCGGCGCAGUCUCUCCUCCCUGGAGCAGCCACCAGAUGUGACGGUACCAGCCAGCAUGCCCAACACUCCCAGAAGGGCCAGCCUGGCCUCUCUGAGCUCUUUGGGUGUAGAGAUGGAUGGGACAGGAUUAGAUCUGAGCUUCGGGGAGAGGAGGUUGUCUUUUGGGAAGGGUGGGCUGGGCCCUGGACAAAGGGUGGGCAGCAUCAGCUCUUUGAAUGGCAAAGAGGAGCUGAGAGACUAUCACCAGCACCAGAGAGAUGAACGACUCAGGGAGCAGAAAGUUCAGAGACUGGAGUGCCAGCGUCUAGAGACCAUCUUAAACUUGUGCACUGGGUUUGGGCAUGUGGAGAGAGAGCCGGCAGUCUCAGCUGUUUCUGACCUGCAGAAGAUUAAUAAGGAGUUGGAGAAGCUGCAGGUGUCAGACGAUGAGUCAGUGUUCUCUGACUCUCCCAGCAGCCCCGCUCCUGAGAGCUGCUUUGGAGCCAAAGCCAGAGACUUUCAACUGGCUGAGGAGCAGCAGGUCAGCCAGCGUCAGCAGAGCGGCAACAGAGAGGUCAGGUCUCACUCACCGGCUAUCAGCCUGAACAGCAGCGCCCCCUCACCCUCCACCCACCACAGAGCCAAAACCCUGGAGAGCUUGCAGCUGAAACAGGAAGUAACGCAUAUAGAGGAAGAGAGGAUUCAAGUUCUGAACAACAUAGAGGAGCUGGAGCAGAAGAUCAAAGACCUGGACAACCAGAUGGAGGAGUCUGUCCGAGAGAUGGAGGUGGAGUGUGCUCUGCUGCAGGGGGAACAGGAGUCCGAGAUGGCCCAGCUGCAGAGGGAAAAAGAGGUUCUGGACCAACUUCUUAAGAAAAAGAUUCGUCGUAUUGAGAAAACGAGCCACACAGAGAAAUCACAGGGGGCUGAAGAGCAGACAAAAAGUUUGGAGGAUUUAGAGUUUCAGAAGCUGGAGAGAGAAAUUAAUCAGGACGAGGAAAAAGAGAGUCAGAGCCAAGAGCUGCUGCGAGAGAUCGCAGAGCGUCAGCGUCUUGCAGUCACACGCAAAGAAAGACUCAUGACUCUGAAGAAACAGUCCUCACAGAUUACCUUGCAGGCUCAGCAAGAAAGAGAACAUUUCCAGAGAGAAAAAAACAAUUUGCUCAUCAUGCUUCAGAAGGAGAGAGAGAAACUGGCAUCUUUGGAAGGAAAGUAUGCAGAGUUGUCUGAGGGGCAGACCUUUACUAACAACUCUAUCAAAGAGCACUCUCUGAAGGAAAGGAGAAGGAGCAGCAAAGAAAACUCUUCCCACCCGAGUGACAGCCUACCUCAUAAGAGGAGCCAGCAGCUCCUCACCUCUUACGGCAGAUCCCUGGGACGCAUGCUUCCUCCUAAGGCCCACUUGCCUCUGUCCCAAAGCUCCAGCUGUGGCAGCGUCAUCCCACAAGGAUUCAGCUUCUCCCCCCGGGACCUGAGCACCCGCCGCCUGCCCAAGAGCAACAGCCAUGCACACAUGAAUGAAGACAGACAGAGAAGAAGUGAUUUUUGCAGCAGGUUGGUCUCCGAGCCCGGUGUGUUCUUGGACUCCUUCUCCUACCAGGACAACAGCCAGGCCUCAGAUACGGUCAGUGUGGACAGCUCUGACAGCAUGGAGACAAGCUUCUCUGCCUGCUCGCCCGACAACAUCUCCAGUGCCAGUACGUCCAAUAUGGCGAAGAUCGAGGAGAUGGAGCGUUUACUCCGAGAGGCCCAGGCUGAGAAGCAUAGGCUACUCGAGCAUCGGGAGCGUGAGAUGGAGAUGCGCAGGCAUGCUUUGGAGGAAGAGCGAAGAAGAAGGGAGGAACUAGAGAAACGACUGCAGGAGGAGACGAGCAGGAGGCAGAAACUUGUAGAGAGAGAAGUGAAGCUCAGGGAGAAACAAAGAUCACAGUCCCGUCUGUUGACUCGCUACCUCCCUGUAAGGAAAGACGACUUUGAUCUCCACGGCCAUAUCGAGGCAGCUGGACACAACCCAGACGCCUGCUUCCAUCUGGCCAUCACUGAUAAAACUUGUCGAGGCUUCCUGGUCAAAAUGGGCGGCAAGAUCAAGACGUGGAAGAAACGCUGGUUUGUCUUUGACCAGAAUCGCAGGACGCUCACCUACUAUGCAGACAAACAUGAGACCAAGAUAAAAGGAGUCAUUUACUUUCAAGCCAUAGAGGAGGUGUACUAUGACCAUUUGAAGAACGCACACAAAAGCCCCAACCCCUCGCUGACAUUCAGUCUGAAGACCCACGAUCGGGUGUACUACAUGGUGGCUCCGUCACCUGAGGCCAUGCGUAUCUGGAUGGAUGUUAUGGUUACGGGUGCCGAAGGACACAUGCAUUUCAUGGUGUAACUAAUCCCAACAGAUCUUCACACCAUUACAUUUAAUUGGUGUGUCACAUGAGAAGGUUUGCAGCACUCAAAACACCGUAAACAGCAAACACGCAUUGUGUUCAUCAGGUCAACAAAAGAUUAACUUCUGUUUACACUUGUAUUAUUUGUAGCCUACAAAUCGUGUUCAAAAGCAAUGUUUAUAAUGUAAUCAUGUAUAACAGAUCAAAAUAAUUGAUAUACAGGUUUCAUAAUUAAGCUAUUUAGUUAUUUUUGUUGUUUAUGUACCGUGAGAGACUGAAGCGUCUCAAAAUCUUGCGCCAAUUUAGUAGUAACGUCUUCCAACUUUAUCUUUCCUUAAACAAAAUAUCUGCUUGUGUCAUGCUUUCCCUCUUGUCAGAAAUGCAAUAUCUGCGGUACAUAAUGAUGCUGCUUGUCUAUAACAGAUGCAUAUCCGCCAAACAGCUUUCUCUAACCUGGCCUUUUGUAAAGUACGUAUCCGACAUGUUCAAAGCAGAGUUUAAGUUGUAGGUCACCUCUGUUUCUUUGCCUUCUUCCUCUUACCUCCUCUGCCCUUCUGGUUGGACGUCAGGCUGAUCUUUUAGAUCAUCAAGUCUGUUUGUGUCUGCAAAAAUGCACGUUUUUAUUUCAGCUCAGUUUUAUUAUUUCUAUAUUGUCAGUCAUAUUCAAAUGUAAUUGGUGUUAUUUUACGUUUUUAACUUAAUCAUUCUAUAGCUGCUGCCAGACUACAAGCGUAAGCUGGUCUUGUCUGCUUAUUUAAAGCAAGGCUGAAUGUUGUCCACCAUUAGUAUUCCUUCAAACACGUUUCUUUGCAUCACUUUCAUUCCAAUGAGUCCUAAUUUGGGUUUAUCGUCACAUAUGCAUACUUCCUUCAUGAAGGAGAGAUAAUUACAGGCACUUUUCAGGUUUUAUUGUUAUGAAUUAUGAGUCAUUGUUGGCAAAUAAUCUAAGAAAAUCUUUCCAAAUCACAAUGCUACUGUGUUUGAUGCCUAUCACUGUGCAGCUAGCUCCCUCUGUCUGAUAUGAUGAGGCCAUGUUGUGCAGCAGUGAUGCUGUGUGUACUGCGUCACCAUGUUGCUCUAAAACAUUUCAUUCUAUUCGUUCACCAGCAGAGGUCCUCAGUGCAGAGGUAUUGCACUGAAAUGACGUAAUGCCCUGGCUGAUAGGAAACGUACUCAUCAAUAAUCCAUAUGUGCUAAUGCUGAUGUUUAUGUAAAAUAAGUGCAUCUAUAAGCACAUGCAUAUCAAGUUUAGGGUUGAACAGAAAUCAUCAUGUUCCGGAUCUUGAACACAAAAUACAUUUUUAAUAAUCAUGUUUCUAAUAUUUUAUAAAUACCCAUAUGUGUUAUCUGUUUUAUUCUAUGAUGAUUUGCAACAGUCUGACUCUAUUUGAUAAUGAAAGAUCACUUUUAACAGCACGUGACCAGCUGUUGGUUAACAGGCUGCAGAGUGCAGAUGAGGCUCCAGAGCUGACAGUGGUAACGCUCAUGUUAACAUCUCAUCCGCCAUCUGUCGUCCAAUGUAUGAGACACAAGCCUUGAAACCAAAGAAAUUACUGCAUUUAUAUAUGUUUUGAAUAAAUCUAUGAACAAUUUUAGUCAACACAA